AUGUCUUGGAUUUCAGCAGUCAUUGCUUCUGCAUUCUGUUGGGCCAGUGCUGACACUGCUUUCGAUGUCAUUUUGGAUAGUUAAGAAUCCGAGCUACCUUAAAAGAAAUAGUAGAUGCCAUCAAGCAUUCAUCUAACUCAUUCCUAAACGAUGCUACUAUGUGCUUUAACUACUUAUAUUAUUAUUUUUGGAUACUUUAUUUAUAUAGAGUUGGUUGGGCCACAGUACUCAGAGUUGGUAGGCAAUUAUACUGUUUUUGGAUCUGUUUAAUCAUUACCCCUAUUGAUUAUAAGUGGAAUAUUCUCCUAUUAUCAUUAUCAUUUCAUCAUAAGAGCCUUUGAGAAUUCAUCUAGCACCGUUAUAUUGCCGUUUUUAUAAUUUUCUUCAAUCUUUGCAUUUCUAUUCUCAAUUCUCUAAAAUUAUCUAUCCGACAGGCCAUAUUUAUCCAGCUAUUUACAUUUACUUGCCUAUUUUCUGAUACUUCUUGGAGGCUUAGCUCCAGCCACUGAUGGGCAUUUGAUUAAAAUAUUCCAAUUUCAAUUUUGGUCUCAACCAUUUGUUAAGUUUGCUAUCAUUUCAGAUAUGUCUCAUGCUAUAUACACAAACAUAAUAAGUUAUGUUGGAAAAGGAGAGAGCGAAGGACAAUUGUAUAAUAUCUAUGGAAAUAUGGAAUUCUUCAUUCUUACACGUAUCAUGUUUGUUUUGAUACAAACUGCUAAAUUGAAGUUUAAUAGGUAAAUGUAGAUAGAAAUGAUUUAAUUGUUCGACAAACCCAGAAAUUUAAUAGUGGGUACUAUAAUAGGCGAAAUCAUGACUUUGUUUGGUUACUUCAGUUCCGUUUAUGCAUAUUAGACAUAUUAUUAGGCAGGAGUUGUGAGUGCCAGUGAGUCUUCAUUGAAUUUGAUUAUUAAUUUGUUUUUAGCUUAUUUACUCAAAAAAUACCUAAAUAUUGGGAAAUAAGCCUCAUUACACAAUUUGGGAUUGAAGAUUUUAUCAUGUGUAACAAUAAGUAUUGGAUUAACAAUUGCGACAAUUUGAUUUAUUAAUUUGUUUAUAGCAAAAUAUUAUAAUU